UCGCGGGGACCCCGGGAGGGCUGCUCCGUGGCGCUUCAUUCACAAAAAAGGGCCCGCAGCCCUCCGCGGGGCCCGCCGACCGCGGCCUCUGAUUGGCCGGCGGGGCGUGACGUCACGGAGACGGGGCCUUUCUACAGGCAGGUACGCGGUGACGCCAUAAAGAAAACUCUGAGCGGCUCCGCCAAUCAGAGAUCGCGGGUGCUCGCGACCUUCGCCGGCCCCCCAACUUUUGUUUCCUCUGUAGCCUCCGGGUGCCAGCACCCCAGGGCCCCGCUGGCUGUGGGGGGUCACCAGCCCUUGACACGUCCGCCCACCCCAGUAACUUAACGCCAGGGCUUUGGCGCGUGGAUCUUAGAGCAGUUCUUGGAUUUCCUUGGAUUUCGCGCCAAGAGAAAGGGACUUUUGCCAUGGCUGCCAGCUGGGAAGAGCAUGGCCGGAUUACGUGACCUGCAGCUGUAUGGAUUUAACCUAGAGUGGAUGUCAGAACUGCAGGAGAACUGUUUAAACAACCACGCUCCAUUUAUCCACCUCUGCCCAGCCUUCAAAAAGACCAAGCAAGGGCAUCUUGAGGACCCGAUAAAACUUCCGUGGAAGCACAAUAUGCCCUAGUGGUUUGCACCUCAGACUUUCUCAUCUCGGAAUCCAGCACCUACAUUAACUCAGUAAUUUUAUACCCUCAUUGCUGUGUACAUCCGAGGUGUCGACAGGUCCAAUUAUAUUACGAAGUAUUGAAGCAAGGGGCAAAUUCGGUCCUUGAACUUUUUUAUCUGGCACGCCGUAGGGUCAUAUCCUCUUCUUUUUCUACUGGAUUAAAAUAAUGCUCUAUCUUCCUGGAACUUUACCAAAAACUGUCAUCUGAGAGGGCCUUUAAACAGUUGUCCGUGGUAGCUUCUAAAAGGGUGAGACGAUUGGAGGCCAGGGUUUAGAUUUCCUGGCCCCAAAUUCUACAUCUGCAUGCAAUCCCUAUUUUUCACCAGCACUUUAACGUUUUAUCCUGCAGUUCCUCAGUUAACUGCCAGCCUGGGGAAAAGAAAGAUGAAUUUGAGUAAGGCCCCUUGGAAGCCUCUCAGAAAUGCAAAUUUUCGUAGAGCACCUCAGGAAGGGGCUCUCUGACUUCUAUUGUUGUGGGCUUUUACCUUAAGUACUGCUAAAUAAGGAAGUAGGGGGGCUGUGCCUGAAGCUAGACAUCAGCAACUCUUUAAGCACUUUUUCUUAAGGAGCCAUAUAUUGAAGACCAUGUCUGGGAGCUUCUACUUUGUGAUCGUUGGCCACCAUGAUAAUCCCGUUUUUGAAAUGGAGUUUUUGCCAGCUGGGAAGGCAGAAUCCAAAGACGACCAUCGUCAUCUGAACCAGUUCAUAGCUCAUGCUGCUCUUGACCUAGUAGAUGAGAACAUGUGGCUGUCGAACAACAUGUACUUGAAAACGGUGGACAAGCUCAACAAGUGGUUUGUGUCAGCAUUUGUCACUGCAGGGCAUAUGAGAUUUAUGAUGCUUCAUGACAUAAGACAAGAAGAUGGAAUAAAGAGCUUCUUUACUGAUGUUUAUGAUUUAUAUAUAAAGUUUUCAAUGAAUCCAUUUUAUGAACCCAAUUCUCCUAUUCGAUCAAGUGCAUUUGACAGAAAAGUGCAGUUUCUUGGGAAGAAACACCUUUUAAGCUGAAUGCAGGAAAUUCUGAAACAAACGAUGUCACCACAAUGGUGUAUACUCA